AUGAGUUAAGGAAUAAAUAAUAAUUCUCUAAUUCCACUAAUAGGCAAUGCUUAAGAUUUAGAAUUAUACUAAAUGCUUUUCAGGUAUGACAUUUAUCCUAUUUAUAACAUACUAUUUUUUACUGAUAUCCCUAUAUAUAUUUAUAUUUACUUAUCAUUAUUUUAGCUUAUAGCAACAUCAAUUGGUUAAAGCAUUUUAAAAUUCAGAUUUAUAAUAACUAUGUUAAACAUCACUCUUGCCUAAUCUAACUUAAAGUUUGAACUUAAACAAUUCAUAAAAAGAUGCCUUCCCUACUCCUAAUAUGCUGAGUAAGCUAUUAUUUAUAUCCCUGUCACUCUCAUUUAUAUAACAUAUAUACUGAUAUCUUUGCCAUAUAUAAUAUAGAUAUGUCUUUUACCAAAACUAUGGAACUGAUGUAAUGUUUUUCUAAUCCAACUCAUUUGUUAUAAUAAGCCAAUUUCUUAAAUCCAUAUCCUCUAUAAUAGACAAAUUUCAAUUAAAAAUAAAAAAAUAGCGCUGAUAAUCCAAUUACAGUUGAGGAUGAUGAACCUGUAUAACAACAAAAAAAAUGUCAUAAUAAUCAAUGUAAAAAUGUAGGAGACAAAAAAAUCAAAUCCAAAAAGAAUGAUAUAUUAUUCUUUUGUGAUAAAUGUUCCAAAUUAUAUAAUAAAGGAAAUUAUUGUGAUUUUUGUGAAUAAGUACCUUAAAUUUCAAUUAUCAUAUUAGGUCUAUGGAUCCUAUGAUGAUGAAGCUGGUUGGAUAUAAUGUGAUUCUUGUAAAAAAUGGGUAAUUAUUAAUAUUAUAUUAGAAUCAUAUUGUAUGUGAAUAAAAAAACAGAAAUUAAAAUAUUCAAAUAGAAUUUGAAACUAGUUAAUAUCAUUGUUUAACUUGUUCCAAAAAUAUUAAGAAACCUAAAGUUCCUAAAAAAAUUGAAGAACCUCCAAUCUUGAAAUCACGUCCAAUAAUAGAAUAAGAGGAUUUAAGAAACAGAGAAAAAAACAUUACAUUUGUAGCAACAAAAGAUAAUAAAAUUUAAUACAGUAUUAUAAGAGAAUUUAAAUAUAUAGCAUUUCGAUUUAAUUUAAUGGAUGAUGAAAUUAAACAAGAUUUAGAUUCAUUAAGAAACUCAACUAAAAAAAAAUAAAAAAAUUAAUAAUCCUCUCCUCCAAAAAUCUAAUAAGUCAUAUCUACUUAAUAAAAUACUUAGUCUUAAUAAUAAUAAAUUUAAUAAGAAGUAAAAUAUAUAUAAUCUUACUUUUUAAGACUUAAGACUCCUCAUUCGUUAAUAGAAAUUUAAGAAGAAGAAUUAAUUAAAAAAUCAAUUAUAGAGAUUUGA